AUGUCUGAUCUAAUAUCAUUAUUAGAUAAAGAACGAAAACGACCAUUAGUAUGUUCAGAUAGUUUAAAAAAUUUAAAAACAACUAUUAUUGAAAAUAUAACAUCAAAUGAAUGUAAAUUUUUAAAUGAUUAUUCGGAUGAAAUUGAAAAGAAAAAACGAAAAGAAUUGCAAAUAACCCCAAAUCGUAAUGUUUUUAUUGAACAUGAUUCGAAAACAUUCUCAUCUCAACGAGUUGUUACUUUAAAAGAACACGAUGAACAACAAAGUCUCGAACAAUCGAAUACAGAUAAUAUUCUAAAUCCACUAAAACGUAUUGUUAUACCUCAAACUAUAUCAUACGACAAAGAACAAAAUCAGGAAAAAAACGAUAAUCAAGUCAUUUCACUCUCCAAGAAACGUAUUGUUAUCAUCGAUAAUACAGAUUCAAAUGAAAAAGAAUCAACAAUUGUUUCACAAUCUCAAUUAGUUUCAUCUGUACCUUUAUUCGAUUCAUUAACAUUUUCUUCAUUAUUAUCAUCUUCUUCUUCUACUCAUACAUCAAGUCAUAUAAUAAAUCAAGAAUAUUUAACACGCAUAUGUCAAAUACUUACUUCUUGCAGCACUUCUAAUAAUGAACCGAAAUCUGUUUCUAAAUCGUCAGAUGUAUUCAGCAUUACUAAUAAUGAUAAUACCAAUAAUAAUAAAUCACAUUCUACAACAACAAAUAUUAAUAAAUCUUCUAUUAGUAAUCGAUAUCCUCAAUUUGAAUGUGUACGUACUCCAACACAAGAAUCCCAUUCAUUUAUACCUCCUGAAUUACUUGAUUGUUGUGAAUCUAAUCAAAAACAACAAUCACUAUUGAAUAAAAAUCAAUCAGAAUAUUGGGAUAAAUUUCAUACAUCAACACUAUUACGUGAAACAAUGAUUAAAAUAUCAAAACGGUUGAUAAAAACUGAAUCUAUACCAAUUGUUGAUACACAUUGUCAUUUUGAUUUAAUUUUUGAUCGUCUUUAUAUCAAACAUAAUAAUUUAAGUCAAUAUUUUGAUGAUUAUAGAGAUUUGUAUCCAUCUGGUCUUUCAUUUGAAUUAGCUAUUCAUGUAUUUUGGAGACCAAGACAUUUAAUUGAAGAUAAAUGGAUAAAAUGGUAUUCAAAAUAUUUAAAUGAUG